AAGCGAGCAGUGGUCAACGAUCCCACCUCUAAAACCCUUUGGACACGAACAUCUCCCUCUCCGCUUUAACACACACUCACGCCACUGCCACCACCUCCCCAAAACAACCCCAUCAACUCUUAAAUGGGCAAACCCGUUACCCGAUCCCACUCUCUACCUCUCCACGAACCCUCUUCUCCUCCACUAUCCACUACCACCUCCUCCAAAAUCUCAUUUCAAUCUAGAAAAAUCAGAAAACUUUCAACCAACAAAACAACCACCACUACCACCGCUAUAACCUCCACUUCCAUCCCCCCUCUCAAACCCUUAUCUCACAAAGGCGAAAUAGAACUGGCACUUGAUCAUUUAAGCAAAUCAGAUCCUCUUCUUGCACCUCUAUUAAACAGCCAUGAACCACCAGCACUGAAUCCUUGUACCUCACCGUUUCUUUCUUUAACAAAAUCCAUCCUUUUUCAACAACUAGCAACAAACGCAGCCAAAUCAAUCUACACACGUUUUCUCACUCUCUGUGACGGAGAAUCUCAAGUAAACCCAGAUACUGUACUCUCAUUAUCUGCCCCCAAACUCAGAGAAAUCGGGGUUUCUGGUCGAAAAGCGAGUUAUUUACAUGACUUAGCAGAGAAAUAUCGAAAUGGGUCUUUAUCUGACUCCUCAAUUCUUGAAAUGAAUGAUGAUAUGUUAUUGAAUAGGUUGACUGAAGUUAAGGGAAUUGGGGUUUGGUCUGUGCAUAUGUUUAUGCUAUUUUCGUUGCACAGACCGGAUGUUUUGCCUGUUGGUGAUCUGGGUGUGAGAAAAGGGGUGCAAAGUUUGUAUGGGUUGAAGGAUUUGCCACAGGCAUUGGAGAUGGAGCAGAUUUGUGAGAAAUGGAAGCCUUAUAGGUCAGUUGGGUCGUGGUAUAUGUGGAGGUUAAUGGAAGCUAAGGCUUUGGCGAAUAAAGCAGCUAAAAAAGCAUAAGAUGAGUUGGUAUUUCGGGGUCUUAGUAUUGGGGUUUCGAUGAGGAGGUAUUGCUUUUGGAUGCUUUAAUUAAAUUAGGCCUGGUUUUUCAGUGUGUGCUGGAUGCUCUAGAGUUUGAUGUAUCAAAGCUUCAAUUUGGACAAUGUAAAUCUGUAUGCAACCAGUGGGUUAUCUCUGCUUAAUAAAUGAAAAAUUGUGAAUUUCUGCUCUGA